AUGGGCCUCAAAACAGCUCUAUUGGCCUCGAUGGGAAUGGCAUUUACCCAGCAAGUAUGGAAAUCUGUGAGAGGUAGUACCUUCUCAGUCAAGGCACUUGAUUCUUUAUUCGGAGCUUUUGGAGGAGACCCAAGAAGUUUGUUUCAAGCAGACCUCUACCGCUCAGCAAGACUCGCUCUACUUCUCGCUAUCGUAGCAUGGCUUCUACCGAUCGCCACUGUCUUUACUCCAGCUACUUUGCGUAUCAAACCUGUUGACAGGUCUUCUUCCUCAAUUUGUUUAGUUCCAACCCUUGACCUUGGGAAUGUCACCGACAGAGGCUUAAUUAGGUACCCAUCUCCUGGGGGGCGAUAUAGAGGCCCUUCCCCGUCCUUGCGACGAUUGGUGUUUCAAUCACUUCUAUCCGGUUCUUUUACUCGCUCUGUACACUACCCUGGAUCGACAGCUAAUAUCAAUAUCACAUACCCGCUAUCUCUGAUAGCCCCUGCACUGGAGUGUUCCGAACAAAAUAGUACAGCACAAGUGGACCCAAAUCCCCAACGUGAUACAUUUUGGCGAGGUACGCGUUAUGACGUCCGGGAUGGCAAUUCUGGCCAGAAUGUUCCUAUACUGCAGGUCCUCUAUACAUCUAGCCCUAGAACUCGUCCCCCUACAACGUUGAAUUGCGUCCCGUAUAUAUCCAACUAUGGGAUAACAGUGUAUAGCAAUGCAACCAAACAGGUGGUUUCUUUGUCAAACUUAACAAUGAUUUCGCCGGCUGGUCAGCCUGGGGGUUCUAUGAGUUUGGUCAACGAUAAUCCCCUACUCACCGGUGCAGCAGCGUUGAUUGACGCCACGUUUGAUGUUUUUACUGGAAACUUGUCCCAAGAUCAAAACGGAAACCUUUUAUCCCCCUCAUCUAACGCCGCUCUUGCCUCUUUUAUAAACCCAUCCGAGCAAGCCCCGUUUAUUUUUGUGAAUAUCUCGGAUAACGUAGAACGGCUUAUGCAAAACGUUGUCAUCAGUAUUAUCAGUCUCGAGCUAUUUCAGACCGAAACCACGUGUUUUGCCGUAGAUCGAGUCAACGUUUACUUGUACGAUCAAAGCGUUCUUAUAAAUGCGUAUGUUAUCGUAAUAUGUGUUGCGAUCGCAACACUUGGGGUUGGAAUCUAUGCACUCCGAGAUAAUGGACACUCGAGCGAUACGUCUUUCUCCGGGUUUGUGCUGGCUACUCGAAAUCCUACUCUGGAUCAGGUUUGCGAAGGUGGUAGGAAACAACUACUUACUCUCAGAAUCAAGUUUGGGAUAUUACGUUCUGAUGGCCGCCCUGCUUUUGGCAGGUCUAGCGAGUUUCAUUAA